AGUCCUGUCAAAAUGAUCAAACAGCAAACUGUCUUUUUCAACUAAUCUCGCAUUUUGUUGGUUCGAUGUAUUUGAUUCAAUAAAUUAAACAAAAAUGAUGGUACUUUUUUAAAUAUAUAAGCAACUUAAAAGUCUUUUAUUGCUUGUAUGUAUAUUUAUUACGAUGAAUUGGUUGAGAAGAAAAAAAUGUAACAGUGAUAGCUUCUCCAUUCUAAUCUUAUCUCAUUGAUUAUACGAUCAAUCGUUGCGUUAUAUUUUUUGAGCAACAACCUAUUGAUAGUGAUGAGGUGAAAAAAAUCUGUCCAUGCGAAAUGUCUGCUUUGAUUUGUAACGGUGACGAUGAUACUUAUCCGCUUCACGAGUGCGUUUUCGUUGGCGACGUUCGGAAACUGUCUUCAUUAUUGAGAUUCAGCGAUGUAACGCGGAAGGACAAACAUGGAAAUACAGCCCUACACCUUGCUGUAAUGCUUGGUCGCAAAGAGUGCGUGCAGUUGUUACUGGCGCACGGAGCUCCUGUAAAGGUGAAAAAUUUUGCAGGUUGGUCACCACUCGCCGAGGCCAUCAGCUAUGGCGAUCGGCAGACCAUUUCUUCCCUGGUGCGUAAGCUCAAACAACAAGCGCGAGAGCAAAUGGAAUGCAGGAGACCAGAUCUCAUCAGGGCACUGUCCAAGAUACAAAAUUUUUACAUGGAACUGAAAUGGGAUUUCCAUUCGUGGGUUCCCUUAGUUUCCAGAAUAUUGCCAUCUGAUGUAUGCAAAAUUUACAAAUCAGGUUCUGGUAUAAGAUUGGAUACUACUCUGGUUGACUUCACAGAUAUGAAAUGGGAAAGAGGAGAUAUAUCUUUCAUUUUCCAGGGAGAAAAGCCACCCAGUGAAUCUCUAACAGUAUUAGAUAAUAAAAUCAAGGUGUACCAACGGGUGCGGUAUGAGGAGACGGAAAAUGAGAUUGAGGAUGAAGUGGAUAUACUCAUGUCAAGUGAUAUUUUAGCUGCUCAAAUGUCUACCAAAGGCAUUUCCUUUUCAAGGGCUCAGUCUGGUUGGAUUUUCCGUGAGGAUCGUAAGGAAACAGUGGCAGGCCUAUACAAAAGUGACAUUUACACAAUAACAGGCCUCGUGUUGGAGUCCCGUAAGAGGAGGGAACAUUUAUCCACGGAUGAUUUGCAAAAAAAUAAAGCUAUAAUAGAAAGUUUGACUAAAGGUAAUACACAAAACUUAGACACAAACGGAGAGCCAGUUCGGCGAGCCUCUCUGAAUCCCCCACCUGAGAGUGGUAUUGAAUGGACAUCAUACAUAUCUUCCCCGCGUGGACAAUACCCUAGUCUGGGUAGAGAGCUUGUGUACAAGGAGUCUUCAAGAAAUUUCAGAGCAACAAUUGCUAUGAGUGAUGAUUUCCCUUUAAGUGUUGAAAUGCUCUUAAAUGUGCUUGAGGUGAUAGCUCCCUUUAAGCACUUUGCUAAAUUACGUGAAUUUGUUGCCAUGAAAUUACCUAAAGGAUUCCCAGUGAAAAUAGAUAUACCAAUUUUGCCAACAGUCACUGCAAAAAUAACAUUUCAAAAGUUUGAUUUUCGUGAUAAUAUACCAGAGAAGUUGUUUGUUAUACCAGAUGACUAUGUGGAAGAUCCAUUACGUUUUCCUGAUUUAUGACGCUUUGAUAUUCUAACACUGUUUGAAAUUAGUGAAAGACCAAUUUGGCAGCGUGAAGUUAAGUGUGGUAGGGCACUAUGCAGCAUUAGUGAUAAGCACUACAGAUGGACAGAUGGCCUCACUAUUGAGAUUCCAAUGUUAUUCGGCCUUGGUAGUUCUUAUUCCAGCCAAUAUGUCCUUCUUGUUGAAUAGGAAUAUUUUAAUACAACUUUGUAAAUUUUGUGGUAGAAUGUUUUGAAGCUUUUGUUAAACAGUGUUAGAAAGUUAAUUAAAUAAGUAUUUUUUUUUCAUUCUAUCAGUUCAACUAAAAAAAAUUGUAAAA